CGCCAUACCCUCCUCCCUAAAAAUCACGAUGACCGUCUCCCUUGCUCUUUGGAGUGUUUGUGUGCAGCCAGGCGAAGAUGGUGUUGCAGCAGUCUCCCCUCCUGCAGACAUCCGCGUCACAAACAUUGCUCUCAGUGAUCAACUUGCUGACGAGACCGGGCGCACGACCGUUAAAUUGAACUACAUCGUCCCCAAUGCUGAAGAUUCGGAGGAUGAAGAAGAGGAUGAGGAUGAAGAGGAUGAGAACCCGCCCCGGAUGGAGACUACCGUUCUCUGCUCGUUGACUCCUGGAAAAAUCGAACAGGCGACCGUAGACGUGGUUCUGACCCAAGAUGACGAGUUUUUAAUCGAAGUAGUGGGCAAGAACUCUGUAUAUCUUAGCGGCAACUACAUCGACCAAACCCCAGACGAUGUUCCAUAUAACGACGACUCUGAACCCGAGUCUGACGAAGAAGAUUUCGAUCUUAGUAUGGACCCUGAGGAAAUGGACGGCAUCAGUGACGACGCAGACCGUUUUGAGGAAAUCCAAGAGGAGUCAGCUCCCGUGGCGUCGAAGAAGCGAACUCGCGAGGCAGAUGCAGAGACCCCUGAGAAGCUCACCAAAGCUCAAAAGAAGAAGCUCAAGGCCGAGUCUGGCGCCGCUGUUCCCUCCGGGUCUGAUGCCAAAGUCGAUGCUGCAAAGACGAACGGGGAUGCUGUCAAGGACAAGAAGGACAAGAAGGAGAAAGAGAAGGAGAAAAAGCCUGAAACCAGAACUCUCGAGAGCGGGAUUCAAAUCACCGACGUCACAGUCGGGAAAGGUCCUCAGGCAAAAAAAGGCAACACCGUCAACAUGAGGUAUAUUGGCAAGCUUGCGAACGGAAAAGUCUUCGACUCGAAUACUAAGGGCGCACCGUUCUCCUUCACUCUCGGAAGGGGUGAGGUUAUCAAAGGUUGGGAUAUCGGGGUCGCUGGCAUGCAGGCCGGUGGAGAGCGUAAACUCGUCGUCCCUCCAAAGUUGGGCUAUGGGGCCAAGAAGAGCGGGCCCAUUCCCCCGAACUCCACCUUGACAUUCGAAGUAAAAAUGGUUGACAUCAAGUAGCCGGGUCGAAGACUUUCCUGUCACUUGGAUAGUCGACGUUCGUGAUCCUAACCCAAAAGUACUCCGUACAUGUCAAUGCCUUCUUGAUUAAUCUAUGCUCUCGGGAUCGACUCCGAAUGUCGCGAACACACGCUCUUCUUUGUGUUAUCUGAACUCUGGACUAAUAUAGGUUGGGUUCGUCAGGGUUCAGC